ACCGGGUCAGGUUAGGGUGUUGUCAUCGUCUAUCGCGUUAAAAAACUUAAUUUAUUACAUUAAUUUAGUCGCCAAUCGUGUAAAAAUUGCAAUAUAUAUUUACAUUUCAUCGAGGCAAAAAGUUUGUUGGUGUUAGUGAUGGAGGUUAAUUAUGCACUGAAAAGUAAAAACAGUGUGGAUGCAAAUGGAGGAAAGCUGGCAUUUGAUCGAUUUCAUAAUGCCGGAACAGAAUCUUUCUACUCCCCAUACAAGUUUCAGCAGAAUGAAUUUAGUGGAGACAUUGGACGACUGCACGAGUCUUUCAACACAGACUUCUCCUUUCAUGAGCAGUCCCCUCUACCCUUCAGUUCCCGGGUAACACAGGAUGACCCUUAUCAGCUGAUGGAUUGUAGUCAAGGCAUACCGAAAGACAGGAAUCUAAUGGAUGUCAGUAACAGCGGAAGUGAGGCUGAUCUUUAUGGAUUAGUGUCCACUAUCUUGGAUGAUGCUGAUCCAUUGGACUCUGACCUCUGUCAAGACAGGAUAUCAGCUGGUCUUAAAACCAUGUGGUCACCAAAAUCCAUGAAGGAAAACAGCUUGCAGUACCUUAGCCCUGAAGUAAGGAUGCAGUCCAGCAGAAAAACACUCCCCUAUCCCACACAAAGAGACCCACAUCAAAUAUCUGACAAUUACCAGGAUUACAAUGGCUUUGAGACUGCUGAUGCACCCUGGCCCAUGUCUGCCUGCAAUAUAGAACCUGAUACAUACAGGCCAGCUGUCCCAGAUUUACCCAGACCACCUCCGGGUCUUGAUAUUCCACCUGCUACCAGCUCUUACUUCUCAAAGAUCAGGCCAGUCAAAUCGGAGCAAGGUGUGUCUGGGAAUGAAAACUUGAAUGAUUCGUACUUCAGCUCGUACCAGGACUUCUCUGCCUCGAGCAGACCCGAAAUGGAAAAUAACGAGCAUUUCCCUGGGCAGGAUACUAACAGGCUGGCCAACAGCAUUCAGGCCCUUCUGUUGAGGGAGCAGCAGGGCAUCUACAAUAAAGAAGCAGCUAGAAACAGUGCUGUGAUGGUUAAAGACGACCGCGUGUGUGAUGGCACUUAUCAGAGGAAAUCAGUACUUCCUGUUCAUGUGCCAAAUAACAAGAGAGGCAUGACAGGAAGCUUGAUGCAGCAAAAAGCAGGUGAACUUGGGAACAAAUUUAAACCUUUACCAAAUGAUAAUAAAACAAAUGAAAUUUCUGCUUUUGAGCUACAUUCAGCAGACUAUGUCCAGCCUUCUAAAUCAUUCAUGUCCACUUUUAACUUUCCGAGUCCUUACCAAAGCAACAAGGCCUGCCAGAGAGAAACCAGGACCUUUCAGACCAGUCUUCACCAGCACCAUCAUGGACAAACAAACCUAUUCCAGAACCAAACUAUGCUUCCAACCAAGUCCGGCAUUCACAGUGACUCUCAGCUGCGAUCCAGACUCAUGUCACAUUCUGUGGCCGAGUUUGUUCCUGUCUUGUCAUCCCAGCAGACACACAGGACCGUUCCACGAGCCCAUGCUGAUUUCGGACAGGGGGAUGGAGUAAAUCUGCACGGAAGGAUAAAUGAAGCAGGCCUGGCUUUGGGUCUAGAGAGCUUUAGAAAUGUAACAGGAACUAGAGAUCAAGGAGACUUCGUGCCACUAGAAAUGGAUGCGCUGCACUCAGCCUCAGCCACAGGAUUUACUCCUGACACCUUCUCCUCCCAGUGGUAUGGAACGAAACCCAAACGCCAAACAGGUUUUUCUAGAGAGGCAGGCAGGAAACAAGGUCUGCUGCAGAGCCCGUAUCAGAUUUUGGGUAAUAUGUAUGCCGGUCAGUCUAGACACAGCAGAGUCGGCUCUACCCAUGCCAAACCUGUGCCACCCCAGAUGUUUACUUCUCUGUUCCAGAUGGGAGGUUCUGGACAGAACUCAUGUCACUUGUUCCCCUCGUGCUCCUCAUUUCCUUACAAUGGCUCCAUGCCUGUCAUGGACAUGAGUGAACCUCUGCCAGAUGUGGAAUUUCCAGCCAUGAACCCUUACCUGCAGGACAUAAUGGGGUCAAGCACAGUCGGCGGAGACGCCCUUUUUCAUGGGUUACUGUCCAACCUGCGGUCGCCCAAAGUCAGCAGGAAUCGUGGAGCCCCUCCAUGCCAGCUGCACUAUUAUUUGGAGGAGUGCUACGAGCAGUGGAGGAUGUUGGAGAAAGAGAGAAAGAAGACUGAGGCUGUCCUGAUGAAGAGCUACCCAGGCAAGCGUUUGUCUAUUGUGAGCAGUAACGCUCUGCCAAAGAUGCCUCCCAACCCUUCCAGAGUGGACAGACUCAUAGUAGACCAGCUCAGAGAGCAAGCCAAGGUGGUUAGCUUGCUGGGGAAGAUGGAGCGCCUGAGGAGUUUCCCUCUCCACGCUAAUAUCUGUUCAGCGCUGGACAGGCACAUGGAGGCCAUCUAUGUCACUCAGGCCCGUCGCAAGGACGAAUUCCUUAGCGGCAACAGACAGAGACAGAGCCCAGCCUACCCCAGAGAGGACAGAGAAGUCCUGCUUUUGGCCUCUGCACUGAAGGACCUAAGCAGCAGCACCAGGAAGUCCCGCACCGCCCUGUGGUGCGCCCUACAGAUGACUCUGCCCAAAAGCAAGACCAGUGCUGAGAAUGAGCUUGAGCAGGAAGCUCAUUCAGCUUCAGGACCCCAAAGUCCUGAUCAGGUGGUACCAGAGAGAGCCGUUUCUGUGCUGUAAUCUCAGCCAGGCAGUCGAUUCUGUGUGUGUGUGUGUGUGUGUGUGUUUGUACGCACUGCACCAGACGGAAUGCAGGCACUCGGAUAAGCUUCAGGGUGUUCGUGCAGCAGGUGAAUGUUGUUGUAUAUAAUAGUAAUAUAAUAGGCUCAGUUCGGAGCAAUAGAUGGAAUCCUCAGUUCAGUAUUAACAUUAUUAACUAUCCCAAUUAACGCGAUCGGCUUCUGUAAAGGUCAAUUUGUGCCAUUUUCCGUUCAUUUCAAGAGGCCCUUCGCAUGUCUCUAGGGGACAGGAUUCUAAAAAAGAGAUCAAGAGAGGAGGGUAUGAAGUGUGAAGAACUGGAGGAAGGAGUUGGGGAGUCAGUGUAAAACACUAGACAAAAGAUCAAGACAGUUGAAGAUAGUGAGAUAAGGAAAGGACCUUUUAAGUGUCGAGAGGUGAUCGCUGGAAAGCAAACGUCAGUGAGUUUACAGGAUAAUGAGACUGUCACCCUCAGAUUUUUACUAACUAAUUAGUCCCACUGGAAGAAAAUUCAUUACUGUGCUUUAAAGGAACCAGUGUUUUUAAUCUAAUUUCUGUCUAUUAUAACAGACACCUAUCUGAAACUACCAGACAGCAAUAUAUACACCGAUCAGCCAUAACAUUAAAACCA